AUGAAGGUCGCUCCGCUCGUGAGCUUGCUGAGCCUGGGUGCUCUUGCUGCUGCAGGAGCCCCUAAGGUCGUGCCUAGGGACUUCAGCGCCAGCGACUACUAUGUGCUCCAUCUCGAACCAGACACUUCACCCGACCAGGUUGCAUUGAGGCUCGGCCUGACGCAUGAAGGACAACUUGGAGAACUACAAGACCACCACAUAUUUGCCGCGACCAAGGCGGAACAUGAUGUCGUAAAACGAGAGCUGGUGGAGAGGCGGCGUCGGAAACGAGGACUGAAUGACCGUGAUAUACUGGACGGCGUCUUAUUAUCUAAGAAACAGGAGCUGCGGGCACCAUGGGAGAAGAGGAUCAUCCCUCCACCGCGUGCCGGCCCACAACCUCUGUCCAAGAGGCAAGGUGACGAGCCGGUGGACUGGGCGCUUCAAAAACAGCAGUCAGUUGCUCAAACACUUGGGAUAAACGAUCCCAUCUUCAACGAGCAGUGGCAUCUAUUCAACGCGGUCCAGCCAGGGCACGAUGUCAAUGUGACAGACGUUUGGCUACAGGGCAUCACUGGCAAGAAUGCCACUGUUGCCAUUGUGGACGAUGGUCUGGAUAUGUACAGUAACGAUCUGAAAGCCAACUACUACGCGCAGGGUUCGUAUGACUUCAACGACAAGACAGACGAGCCCCGGCCGCGGUUGUCGGAUGAUCGCCACGGCACCCGUUGCGCCGGCGAGGUCUCAGCUGUCAAGAACGAUGUCUGUGGUGUCGGUGUUGCGUACGACUCGAAGAUUGCUGGUCUUCGUAUUCUCAGCAAGCUCAUCAGUGACGCUGAUGAAGCAGUCGCAAUGAACUACGAUUUCCAGCACAAUCAGAUCUAUUCUUGCUCAUGGGGACCCCCCGAUGAUGGGCGGAGUAUGGAUGCUCCUGGUAUCCUCAUCCGUCGUGCGAUGCUCAACGCCGUUCAGAACGGCCGAGGAGGACUAGGUUCCAUCUACGUCUUCGCUAGUGGUAAUGGAGCGGGUAACGACGACAACUGCAACUUCGACGGCUACACGAACAGCAUUUACAGCAUCACUGUCGGUGCUCUUGACAGGAAGGGCGAGCAUCCAUACUACAGCGAGGAAUGCUCAGCCGGGUUAGUCGUUACCUAUUCUAGCGGUGGUGGAGAUGCAAUCCACACCACCGAUGUGGGUGAAAAUCAGUGUUAUAGCGGACAUGGAGGCACCUCUGCCGCGGCACCUCUUGCUGCUGGUAUCUUUGCGCUUGCGUUGCAGGUCAGACCAGAUCUCUCUUGGAGAGAUAUGCAGUAUCUUGCCAUGCUUACAGCCGUCCCUAUCAACCUUGAUGACGGAUCAUGGCAGGAUACUACUAUCGGCAAGAAGUUCAGCCACACUUUUGGCUACGGCAAGAUCGACAGUUACAGCCUCGUGGAGAUGGCCAAGGAUUGGAAGAGUGUCAAGCCACAGGCCUGGUUCUUCUCCCCGUGGAUUCAUGUCAACGAGGCAAUUCCCCAGGGCGAGCAGGGACUUGCUGUCAGUUUCGACAUCACGCCCGAUAUGUUGAAGGAAGCCAACCUCGAGCGCGUCGAGCAUGUCACUGUGACCAUGAACAUUGCACACACCCGCAGGGGCGAUAUCAGCGUUGAUUUGAUCAGCCCAAACAAGGUCGUCAGUCACCUUUCCGUUCCUCGCAGAAUGGACGCAGAAGCAGCUGGCUAUGACGACUGGACGUUCAUGAGUGUGGUCCAUUGGGGUGAAUCUGGUCUUGGCACAUGGACCGUCAUUGUGAAGGAUACCAAGGUCAACGAGCACAAUGGCACUUGGACUGACUGGCAUCUGAAGCUUUGGGGCGAGUCCAUUGAUCCGGCUAAGGCAGUGGUCCUGCCCAUGCCGACUGAGGAGGACGAUGCAAACCAUGCUAUUACCUCGACUACGACUGUUGGUGCCACAACAACGACUUUGCCUCCAGUGGCAGGUACACAGUCUGAAGCACCGCUUGUCACGGCGUCUGAUCACCCAGAUCGUCCAACGAAGCCCAAGCCAACCAACAGCAACGGAGCCUCAGAGACCACCGGUGGAGAAGAGGAGGCCCAGAAGAGCGGCAGCUCAUGGCUCCCAGGCUUCCUCCCAACAUUCGGCGUGUCUCCCGCAACUCAGGCUUGGAUCUACGGCUCCGUCGCUCUCAUCGUCAUCUUCUGUAGCGGUCUUGGCGUGUACCUAUGGAUGGCGCGCCGCAAGAGGCUCCGAAACAACCCGCGCGGCGAGUACGAGUUCGAGCUUCUCGACGAGGAAGAAGCCGAGGGCCUCGCCAGCGGUGAGAAGGGCGCCAUUGGCAAGAAGGGCCGCAAGACCCGCGGCGGCGAGCUGUAUGAUGCCUUUGCCGGCGGCAGCGAGGACGAGGACGAGGAGUUUGACUCUGGGGACUACCGCGACCGGUCGGCGGAGCGCGCCGAGGACGGGCGGAACGAGAAGCGUGGUGUGCGGCGUCAGGAUGAUGGCGAGGAUGACGAGGAGGAUGAGCAACAUCAUGUUGUCGGGGGCGAUGAUAGCGAUGAAGAGGACGAGGAUGAGAGGAGAGGACUGCAGUCUGGGCGGCGUUAA